AUGUUGAUAUCUCGACAGCUCCUUCUCUUGAGCCACUGGGCUCUCGGUGUCCUUGCUGCGAAAGACAACUUACAGCGAAAUCCCGUCGACACGCCACAGAAUAGAAGCUACUGGAGCCCUGGCUUUGACAUACAAACCGAUUAUGAAGACAAGACUCCCCCUGGCAGGCUACGUGAGUACGAGCUCACGAUAACUCAAGAAUGGAUUGCUCCCGAUGGAUACCUGACCUAUGGAACAGUCUUUAAUGGACGAUAUCCUGGCCCAACCAUUGAAGCUGAUUGGGGUGACACUUUACUUCUACAAGGAAUAACUGUGAUCAACAACCUCAAGAACUACAACGGAACGUAUUACUCAGUGCCCUGUCAAGACACAAAUGGACUUGUGGAUGUUGGAGGACCGCUAAUCAUCAAUGGACCGUCUGUCUUGGAUUAUGAUUUUGAUCUUGGCCCAUGGCUCUUUAGUGACUGGUAUCAUGCUGAUGCUUUUUCUCUUUACCAUGAGGAGCUCGAUACCGUCCGCAAUCUUGCGCCACUUCCAGAUUCAAUCGUCCUUAAUGGCAAAGGAGUUUGCGACUGCGACCAGGCCACUGAUAGUCGAUGCACUGGCAAGGCCGAGUAUUACGAAGUUCUUGUCACAGAAGGAAAGACAUACAAAAUCGCGGUUGAGAAUACCGGCACUCUUCUGACGCUCACAUUCUUUAUCGAUGGUCACAAUUUCACGGUAAUUGAAACUGACUUCGUUCCCAUUGAGCCGUACUCUACAAAUGUUUUGAAUGUCGGAAUAGGGCAACGAUACAUCAUACUCGUUGAAGCUAAUGCCUCUUUCGAGCACGGUACCAACUUCUGGAUUCAUGCACAUUACUGCGCUCUGGCUACAUUCUUCCCAACUUCGAGUGUUGGAAUAAUACGAUACGAUUCACACAACACUAGCGACCCCUACACUCCUCCUGCCAGUGAGCUAAAUCAGAAUUUCGGCUGCUCAGAUCCAGACCCGAAGGAUCUCGUUCCUAUUGUCAAGAGAACAGUCGGAAAUAGAGUCAACACCCAAGAGGAAGCAGACUACUUGAAAAUUGGGUUGGAAUUCUGGCCGAACGCAUCAGAUCCAAACUCUCACAUCCACAAAUGGAUGCUUCAGAACACUCCUUUAUAUCUCGACUGGGAGGAUCCUAGUCUCAAGAAGCUUGCCUUGGACAAAAACUCAUCCUUCCCUGCAGAGACUGUUCCUUACUUCUUGGACUUUGAGACCGACGAAUGGGUAUACUUCGUCAUCACUAACAAUUACUCUGUCGAAACAGUAUCUCCUCCUCGUCAAUCGAUUCAGUCAGUCCACCCUAUCCAUCUUCACGGGCACGACCUUCUCGUUCUUGCUCAAGGAGAAGGCUCAUUUACGAACGAUAUAGUACCAAACUUGAACAAUCCAUCCCGGAGAGACGUUACCGAUGUUCCAAUAGGCGGCUUUGUGUGGAUUGCCUUCAAGGUCGAUAACCCUGGAGCAUGGCUCAUCCAUUGCCACAUUGCGUGGCAUGCAAGCGACGGUCUUGCGUUGCAAUUCAUCGAGCAGCCUAAUAAAAUCAAAGGACUGUUGACCAAUGCUGGUGUGUUGCCUGAGUUUAGCCAACGAUGUGAUGAGUGGAGUGAUUGGUACACAGAGGUAAAUGAAAAGGUUGAUGCCCUGCAAGAGGAUUCGGGCAUUUAAGAUCUUGAUAAGUUCAAGGCACUCGCUUUGGCAUGCGCUAGUAUCAUAUUUAAAAGCUUCAAUGCUAGAUUUGGG